AUGGCCGGGAAGAGCGCACCUGCGGCGUCCCCCGACGACACCUGGAUUUCCUCCGAGAAGGGGAGCGCCUCCCCGGCAGCUUCGCCCCCCAAGAAGAAGAAAUCCAAAGGCGGCUCGUCCAGCCUGCGCAGGGCCUUCAGCUGGCUGCGGGGCAGGCGGAAGAAGAAGCAGCAGAAGGGCCAGGCUGGGGGGCCCCCUGCCGAAGGCAAGAAGCAAGAAGGGCGCCCCAAGGCCAAAGGUGCUGCCAAGUCUGAUAAUGACAAGCGACUGAGUGUCCAGUACAAGGCAGGCGAGGUGAAGCCCGACAAUGUCUUCUUCCCCUGCAACCGCCCCCCACACCUGGAGGAGCUGCAUUUCCAGGCCCAGGCUGGACUCAAGUCUCUGCAGAACCAAGAGAAACACAAGCAGACCAAACGGGCCUGGGAUCAGAGCGACGCUAACAGCAUCCAGUCUUCCUGUUCGUCCACAGAGGGGGAUGACCUCUCGAUCCGAAGCAAGACUCCAUCGUGCACAACAGAGAACUCAGAGGAUGCGCUCUCCAUCCGUUCGGAGAUGAUUCAACGGAAAGGCUCCACUUUUCGGCCGCACGACUCAUUCCCCAAAUCCUCAAUGAAAGGCGAGAAGAGAAGGAGAGAGCGGAGGACAACAGUUCUGGGCCUUCCCCAACAUGUGCAGAAAGAGCUGGGUUUGAGUAACGGAUACGACUCGAAGAAACGUCCAGGCAGCAUUGCUGUCAGGGCCAGCCCCAGUCCCCAGCGUCCAGUGAACAGAACUGAGGUGUCUGGCAACACCAUCCACAUUCCCACAGUUGAUGGAAAGUUAGAGCCCACUGCUGUCCCAGAGGGUGGCGCCCGUGUCUCCCUCCCAGCCUUGGAGCUGGAGGCGGCAGACGGUGCCCUCCAACGCCACAUCGAACGUGUCUACUAUGAUGACUCAUUGCUGGGGCGUAAGACAGCGGCCAAGCUGUCCCCCUUGGUCAGGCCCAAGUCGCUGGCCGUUCCCUGGGUGACCACGCAGCCUGGCUCCCCAGAACUACUGCGCCCCGUCAUGUCCAUCUCCCCUCAAGGCACCUAUCUGUCCAAGAUUAUCCCCAAUGCUAUCUUGCCACCCAUGGUGGACGUCAUUGCCCUUUCCCGCAACAAGGUGCGCACGCUUAGCCGCUGCAGCUUGGCGACAGCCAGCCCAGCCUCGGUGCGCUCGCUGGGGCGCUUCCCCUCUGCCCCCCGCAGCCGUGAGCACUCCUCCUCCAGUGACAACUGGAGCCACUCGCAGUCCACCGAGACGAUCGUCUCCAACACAUCCACCAUCUCUUCCCACGGGGGCACCAACAGCCAGAAGACAAGUGAGGUGGGGCCGGACAGGCAGGUCCGAACGGCAGCCAGGCCUGACCUCGACCAGCUCAGCACUUGCAGCUCGGUGAGCAGGGCCCGCUCCAACUACAUCAAGGCAGCCCCUGCCUCACCCGGCCUCCUGCGGCCUCCGGGGAGCAGUGGCCGGGCCUCACCCGCCUGCAGCACCGGCAGCGUGGCCGACGGCUCGGACACCAUCAGCCUGCGCAGUGACCGCUCCACCUCUCGCAGCGUCUCCCUCAGAAAGAUGAAGAAGCCUCCCAUGCCACCACGGAGGACCUACUCCCUGUCUCAGAAGGCCCAGCAGCUGGAGGCCAGUGGGGUACCCAAGGGAAUGGGCCUGCCGCCCAAGCCGGAACGCAGGCCUCAGCGGGAAAGCAGCGAGGGGUGGGCUGCGGCACGGCUAGGGAGUCCCGGCUUGGCUGGGGAGGAUGAUGUCUUCUCCCCAUCCUCCCAGAGUGAGACCAGCAGCCUCCGUUCUGACAGCCUGGCCUACUCUGCUGACCUCUCCCACGGUGGCCUCCCCCUGCCCACCGGGGGUCAGCAGCAGGAGCUCCCCACCAAGCAAGGCUCCCCGGACCACUUUGGCCGCACCAUGUCACCCUCCAGCGGAUAUUCCAGUCAGAGCGGCACCCCCACCCUCCACACCAGGGGUCUCCUCUCCCAUGCCUCAUCUCCCAGAAGCAAGAGGCCACAACCAAAGAAACCGGAGAGGGUCUGUUCCCUGCAGUCCCCUGGACUCUCUGUCUCCUCCUCACUUACGUCCUUAUCCUCCUCUGCAUCGGAUCCACCCCCUGCUGAGACGCCCCCCUCGGGCAUGGCUCCCGCUCUGACUAAGGUGGACAGGUUUGUUAUUCCCCCUCACCCCAAGGUCCCAGCUCCCUUCUCCCCACCGCCCUCCAAGCCUCAACAGGCUGAGCUGAACACUGCCAAUAGCCCACCCCACACUUUGCCCUCCGCUGGGAAGGCCAUCGUGGAGCCUCCUAUUCUUUCCAAACCCACCAAUGGAUCACCUCCUCCAUCUCCUCCUCCUGCUUACCACCCACCACCGCCCCCAGCGAAGAAGGUCGAUGUGAGCCCCGAAGUGCCGAGCGCCUCGGAAACUCAGCCUGAUGCUCCUCAGGAUGUGCUGUGGCCCCCACCGCCCCCACCUGCGCCAGAUGAGCACGAUCUCUCUAUGGCAGACUUCCCUCCCCCGGACGAGGCCUACUUCUCCUCACUGCCUCUGCCAGAAGCACAGCCGGUCCCUGCAGAAGCACCUUCUGCUGAAGCCCCAGAGGCUCCUCCCGCUGUGGAGCCACUAGCCAACCAAAGAGCAGUGUCUGCCGAGAAGGGCAAAGAGCCUAUGCCUUCACCCUCCUUUUCCACUAUGGUCUGUUCCAAGAUCCAGCAGCAGGGAGUCCUAGAUGCCGCGUCACUGCCAGCUCCCACACUGGAGCCCCUUCCGCCUCCAAAGCUCCCCACUGUUGGGGAAGCGUCUGGGUCUCAGUUCAGCCACCGAAAGGCUGCUGCCUCAGCAUCAGCAGCGCCCCAGCCCUCUGGCCUGCAGACUCAACCAAGCCUUAAGAAGACGGCGGGCGGCUCCCGCCUGGAUCUCAAGAAGGAGCCCGCUUCUCGCAAUAAGAGCAACCCCAUGCCAAAGGAGGAUGCCAGCCUGCCUAUCGUCACCCCUUCUCUACUGCAGAUGGUGCGCCUGCGCUCGAUCAACAUGGAUGCCCACAGUCCCAUGGCAAGCUCGACUGCAGCAAAGCUGCCUGUCGAACAGAAUGGGACCAGCUUGGGUGCCAGCAGCAGGCCGGUGCAGGCUGCCCCCCAGAAGCCUAUCCGCAAGUCGCUGUCCUUGAAGGGUCCCUCAUCAGCUUCCAAAGAAGCAUCACCUUCAAGCCCACUGCACAACGCCGUGCGCUUGAAGGCCUCCACCUUGUCUUCGAGGGAUGCUCCCAGCCUCGGAACGGCAGAGAGGAAAGCCAGAAACCGGUUGACCCUGCCAACGCCCUCCACAGCAGCAACGGCUGCCCCUGGCGACACAAAAGAUGGCCAGCUCUCGCCCCUACACAAAUCCCCAGCCUCAACAGCCAGUUUCAUCUUUGCAAAGAGCUCCAAAAAGUUGGUGAUCGAGACCUCAUCGUCUCCAGAGGCCCAAGCCAACCUAAAGAAGAAUCUGGUUGCUGAACUGAUGAAUGUCUCUGGCCAGCGGCCCGCAGGAACCCUGGGGCUCAGCCAACAAGGCUCAGGAAAGCCCGAGGCCCAGAAGAAGCCCCAGAAGAUCCCCCCUCCCAUAGCCAAGAAGCCUUCACUAGCACCAGGGCACCUGCCAUCACCCCAGAGCCCAAAGCCACCGGGAGUGGAGGAGCUGAGCUCCUCCCUGUUGGCAGCUGGGGACAGGACUAAGAGGGCAGGGACUGAGAAUCAGGCCUCUCCUGUGGAGGCUGGCAGGAAAAGCCCUCCCGCAGGGCCGGAGAUGCUGCUGCAGAGCCCUCCAGCACAAGGCAUAUGGGAGGAGAUAGCAUAAGGGAAGAGCCUGCAUUGCCACCACCCCAAGAUACAGGAAUUAAAAACAAAACACAGACCGAAUCUCAGGGACCUAAGCAGGCCGGAGGAGGAUCCCAGACGUGGCAGGGAGGAAGAAGAACCGCCUUAGCCUCUGAAGGCCUUGAUAUUUAUGCAAAAAUUGUGUUGGUUUCACUUUCUUCAAUCAUACAGCUUUAUUUUACCACUUUCAUACCACUUUCCAACUGCUCCCCCCACCCCCAAAGUCUGGAGAGCUAGAGCCUUGAACAGACUUCCUUGGCUCGGUUUGCUGGUGUGCCCAUCCUUUGAUCUUCCCCUUGGAGGGUUUUUGUGUGUGUGUGCGUGCAUGAGAAAAGAACCCUUCUCCCUCUACCAUCUGCAGGAGGAGAGACUAGCGAAGUUGAAGCCACGUGGUGUGUUUCCCAGAGGAAUGCUCCAUUUCUCUUGGGGGGGGGGGGGUUGUAUUGUCAACUGGCAAGGAGUGGGGGGAAACAGUCUAUUAGGCACCUAGAAUUGUAUGAAACAAAAGCACUUUUCAAAGCAAGACUGUAACCACAGCAAGGACAGCUGUAACAGAACUCCUGCUUCAGUUUGCAGGAUGUUGCUUAGGCCCCGAUCCUUAGUGCUUACAUCAUACGGACUUGCAAAUGUGCUUCUGGUGGCCCUGCUGGUUAGCCUUGGCAUUUGAGUGGAAAACAGUGCUGUGAAGUGUAAAGCACACCUGUGAUUCGUUUUUGCAAAUCUGUCCUAAGUAGCUGAUUUUCGGGGAUGUUACCCAGCUCCAAGUCUAGGCCUGUUCACAAGUCACAGUGAACACAUGUACAAUCCAUGUGUGGUGUACACUUGAUUUUUCUUGAC